CACAACAUUUCUGUGUAUAACACCAUCCUUAAAAAGAUGGUUAAACAGGAUUGGAUGAUACCCAGCUCGCUCAUCAUGUUAGUUAUUGUGGCAGCUACAAAUACCGAACAGUGUCAGAUUGUUUUGUUAAAUCGGUGUAAAGCAGUUUACCAAGAAGCUCUGAGAAGCAGUUCUAAAGGAGAAGAGGGUCACUGCUACAGAUUGCAAAAAAUGGUCACAUGUCUUGCCAGUAAUCCCAACUGUGGUGGCGAACUGAUUGAAAAGUUCCGUUAUUGGAUGGCGCAGAUGGCUAUGAUGGACAAGACUUUAAACAUCUGCAAGGAUAUUAGAUACGAAAAUCUCAGGAGGGUGGUGCAGGAUACAGAUGUCGCUAAAACCCAUCGCCAACUGGACGAUGUCGGUAAUGAGUUCAUUUGUGUUACAAAGUUUGAGUUUGAUAGUUUCGAAGAGUGUGCAGUGAGUGUCCACAAGCAGUGCGUGCUGUAUUAUGUGACUUUGUUGAUGAACGAUCACAAGAUCUGUGGUGAUGCAGAGAAACUGAACAAGUGCUACGACUUAAAAAGCAAAUUUAGUGAUUGUCAAGCUAAGAUAAUUAAACAUUAUGCCAGCAUGGCUGACACGGUAGCUAAAAGAGUCAUCCACUUACUAAAUGAUUAUGACAGACCUUUAUGUGUGAGCCAAAUGGAGUUAAAGUAACUUCAAAGGGCAGGAGAAUAUUUCACAGUACACGUUCAUCUGUAAUUUAAAUACGGAUUCAAUCUAAUACAGCAAAAUAUUAAGAAUAUCUAAAAAAUUUGGGAAACAGUUGUUAUUAAAGUUAAAGAAGUGA